AUGUCUGCUGACUCCUUGUCCUCUAAAACUCUGGGUCCCUUUCAGCCGCUCAGGGCCAGUCCCUCACCUCCUCAGAACCAGAAGUCAGCAGACCAGGACAACCGGUCACUCUGUCCUGUAAAGUGGAAGGACUUGCUCUGGCUUGGCUGCACUGGAUUCGUCAAAAACCAGGAAGAGGACUGGAGUGGAUCGGUCGCAUCGAUAGCGGGACCGGCACAAUAUUUUUCCAAAAGUCUAGAGGGCCAGUUUUCCAUCACCAAGGACACAUCGGUUAAUGUUGUGUACUUGGAGGUGAAGAGCCUCAAACAGGAAGACUCUGCAGUUUAUUAUUGUGCUCGAGAGCCACAGUGA